GAGCACUGAACCGAGACAAAACACAGCAACAGCAAAGCGAAGAAAUGGCACCACCCAUGGGCGGACAAGAGGAAAGUCACAUGGAGAGCCACAGCCCUGUGGCAGACCCUGGACAUGUAGUAAAGUCUUCUCCAGUCAUGAUAGAUGGGGUUGCCCUGAACGGCCCCACUCUAGAUGUGAGUGCUGCAGAGGGCUUUAUCCAACAAUCCAUGGCCAUCAUCAUGGAGGACGCCGUGAGAAAGGCCACCAAUGUUAGAGAAAAGGUGUGUGAGUGGCGCUCCCCAGAGCAGCUGAAGGAACUGCUUGACCUGGAGCUGAAAGACGGAGGCGAGGCUCAGUCCAAGAUCCUGCAGCGCUGCCGAGAUGCCAUCCGAUACAGCGUCAAGACCACCCAUCCUCGUUUCUUCAACCAGCUGUACGCGGGGAUGGAGCCCUAUUCCAUGGUGGGAAGCUUCAUCAUUGAGGCCAUCAAACCCAGUCUGUACACAUAUGAGGUGGCUCCAGUUUUCACCUUGAUGGAGGAAGCUGUUCUGAAGAAGAUGAUGGAGUUCCUCGGCUGGGAGGAAGGAGGAGACGGAAUAUUCAAUCCAGGCGGCUCAGUGUCCAAUAUGUACGCCAUGAACGUGGCCAGGUUCCACCACUGCCCUGACAUUAAAGAGCUAGGACUCUCUGCCGUCCCACGACUGGUCAUGUUCACAUCACAGGAGUGCCAUUACUCUAUUUCCAAAGCAGCAGCUUUUCUGGGCAUUGGCACUAAGAACGUCUACGUGGUACCAUCUGACAAGAGAGGGAAAAUGAUUCCUGCAGCACUGGAGGAGCAAAUAAAGAAAGCGAAAAAUGAGGGUGCAGAGCCCUUCAUGGUGAAUGCCACAGCUGGGACCACAGUACUGGGGGCCUUCGACCCCAUAGAGGAAAUUGCAGACAUCUGUGAGAAAUACAACCUAUGGCUCCAUGUGGACGCGUGCUGGGGAGGAGCAGCUCUUCUGUCUAAGAAGCACAGACACUUGUUAAAGGGCAUUCACAGGGCCAACUCAGUGGCUUGGAAUCCCCACAAGAUGCUGAUGGCGUGUCUGCAGUGCUGUGCUUUCAUGGUCAGAGACAAAACGGGUCUCCUGCAGCGCUGUCACUCCGCCCGGGCCUCCUACCUCUUCCAGCAAGAUAAGUUCUACGACGUCAGCUACGACACAGGAGACAAGUCCAUCCAGUGCAGUCGCAAGCCGGAUGCCUUCAAGUUCUGGCUGAUGUGGAAGGCCUUGGGAACCAGUGAGCUGGAACGCAGAGUUGACAGAGCCUUUGCCAUGGCCAGGUAUCUUGCCCAGGAGAUCAAGAAAAGAGAAGGAUUCCGCCUCCUGAUGGAACCUGAAUAUGCAAACGUUUGCUUUUGGUACAUUCCACCAAGUCUGAGGAACAUGCCAGAAAGUCCUGAGUUCUGGCAAAAGCUUCACACUGUGGGGCCAGCAGUGAAAGAGCGCAUGAUGAAGAAGGGCAGCAUGAUGGUGAGUUACCAGCCUCACGGGGACAAGGUCAACUUCUUCAGAAUGAUCAUCAUCAGCCCUCAGGCCAGCAGAGAAGACAUGGACUUUGUCCUGGAUGAGAUAGACCGUCUGGGACAGGACCUCUAAUGAACUCAAAAGGGUGUGUGGGGGGGGGUUUACUUUUGGUGUCAAAAAUUCACCUCUGAAGAUCCUCUGUCCUCCUGUUCAUCUGUCAGCCGCAGAAGCCGAUACGGACAGCCAUGCUUUCCUCACUAAGUUGGAGUCUAAAGUGGAGAGAGGGUUUUUAUGUAGUUUAUUUUGGCUCUGAGGGAAUGCACUGAGGGAAUUGCUGGGUAAUCUGUUCAUAAGUCCUCCCAGCAUCCUAUCUGCCUGCUUUUUUCAGACUGCCUUUGAGUAGAUCUAGUUAGAGGACAAUAAGCUGUGUGCUGCCUCCCCAGAGUAUUAGCGCAUGGGGUAUCCCGACUCUUUUAAUAUGAGGGACCUCCAUUAAAAAAUACAGUAGAGCAGAGACCACAUUGUGAAGUGAUUUUUGUUGUUAGAAGUUAAAGGAAAAAAGAGCUUCCACACUCUAUGUGUUACACUUGCAAAGGGCUUUGUUAAAAAUGUUUCGGUCCACGGGACCUUCAUUGGGUAUCUGUUGUUAGAUAUUACCUGGGAUAGAAAUGAACAUCUGCCCUACUAUAGGUGUUGAGAUGACAGUGGGCAGAGUGAAACCUAUGAGAGAAGGUAUUAUAGGCUACAUUCUGUCUGCUAAUGUACAUUUAGAUAAUGAAAUAACACUGAAUUAAACCAUUCCAUAUUUUGGAUAUUUGGAGACCUCCUGAGAUUCCCUGUUGAAACUCUGGACGUCCCAGUUUUAGGAACCACUGUCUUAAAACUACUGUAAGAGUUAAGGAGACAAAAAUGCAACAGCUCGAGGAAAGAACAGGACAAUCCCAUAUUUUUUCACGUCUCCAGCCUAAAUUUUUUGACAAGCCUAUCAGGAAUAUUAAGACUACUGAAUGACUUUUAUUAAGGGGGUGCCUUGUAUUUUUAUACUUCAGGUGUUCUUCAGGGUUGACAUUUUUACAGUUUAUGGAAUUACUGUAUAAACUCUGUGCGACACAAAUCAAGUUUGCAGCAUGUUUUUUAUUUAUUUAUUUUGUAGAAUGGUCUUUUACCAUAUUUUCAUCUCCA